AUGGCCUACUUCGACAUGCGCCAGAAGCGCAGCGGGAACCGCACCACUUUUCUCGGUGUCCUGCUUGGUGUUGUCUUCAUCUACUUCAUCUACAGUAUUCGAACCGCACCCGCCGGAACCUCAGAUCCAUCCCUGCGGUCACAAAGUGCGCUGGUCGCCGAAAAUCCCCUCUCACCACCCACCUCGGGCUUCCGCAAGCAACAGAAAGUCGAGGGUUCCGACGCCGUCCUCCCUCCGCCUCCGGUCGUCCACUAUCAACUCAACAACCUGACCGCGUCAGCCUUUCCGGCCUUGAACAACGAGAAAAUCCUCAUCCUGACCCCCUUGGCCCGUUUCUACCCGGAAUACUGGUCCAAUCUUGUCGCGCUCAAUUACCCUCACCAGCACAUCAGUCUAGGCUUCAUCACGCCCAAGACAAAAGAAGGAAAUGCGGCAACGGCUGCCCUACAAGAGGCCAUCCGAAAAACUCAGUCCGGCCCGCAGGGACAACGAUUCCAGUCUGUAACGAUCCUCCGGCAAGAUUUCGACCCUCCCAUCACCUCUCAAGAUGAAAAGGAGCGUCACAAGAUGGAGAACCAGAAAGAGCGUCGUGCGUCUAUGGCUCGCGCACGAAACAGUCUUUUGUUCACCACCAUCGGUCCCCACACAUCCUGGGUCCUGUGGCUGGACUCAGACAUCAUUGAGACACCGCCCACGUUGAUUCAAGAUCUGGCCAGCCACGACAAAGCCAUUAUCGUCCCCAAUUGUUAUCAGCGAUAUAUUGACGAUAAAGGACAAGAAGGUGUUCGACCUUACGACUACAACUCCUGGAGAGAUAGCGACAUUGCUCAAGAGAUGGCGUCUCAAAUGGGACCGGACGAGAUCCUACUGGAAGGGUAUGCUGAGAUGCCUACAUACCGCACUCUGAUGGCAAUGUCGGCGAAGGUUGGUGCUGACCGUGACGAACGUCGCCUGAUGCCCCUGGACGGUGUUGGCGGCACCGCUUUGUUGGUCAAAGCCGAAGUGCACCGAGAUGGCGCCAUGUUUCCGCCCUUUCCCUUCUAUCAUCUCAUUGAGACAGAGGGUUUCGCCAAAAUGGCCAAGCGUCUUCACUUUGAUGCUUUCGGCCUGCCCGACUAUUUCGUGUACCACUACAACGAAUGA